UGUGAUGUUGUGCAUGUGAUUUAAUUUUGUAGUGCUAUUAUUAAACCGAGGUCACGUCGAAUUAAAACACAAGAACUUUACUACAACAAAAAGUGCAGAACACGUUUACCCCAAAACUGCCGGUCUUCCUUUACGUUCAAAUCAAACUCAUGCGCGUGCACUGGACUCAAGACCAUUUUUCUAGAAAAUUAUUUUUGACCUUGUCUUUUGUACCGGAAGUAGGAAGGCGUCAUCAUCUGAUGUAAUAUUCUGGAAAUUGCCGGCAGGGUGCUGUAAUAGACCAGAGGAGGUCAGUGAGAAUUAUUACCUGCAGUAAAGUAGCGUACUGUCGGGGUUUCAACAGUUACUUGUAAAUUUGUCUUUUAACUGAGAAAAAAAAGAAGAUGCCGAGAGGAAGCAGAAGCAGGACAUCGAGAAUGCCCGCUCCGGCCAGUCGGGCACCAUCCCGGCCUAUGGCACGGGCCGCCCCACCCCCAGCAGCCUCUUCAGUACCUGCUCACCCUCCUCCGUCAGCGAUGGCCGCUCCCUCAGCAGCCCCCAGACAGCCUGGUAUGUUUGCCCAGAUGGCGACGACAGCAGCUGGAGUAGCCGUGGGCUCAGCCGUUGGACAUACAAUAGGCCAUGCCAUGACCGGGGGCUUUGGCGGUGGAGGAAGAGCUGAGCCAGCAAGUCCUGAUGUCACUUACCAGGAGCCCCUUCCUCCUGCCCAGCCCAUGUACCAGCAGCAGCAGCAGAGCCAGCGCAGCCCCUGUGAGUACGAGCUGAGGCAGUUCAUCGAGUGCGCACAGAACCAGAGCGACUUCAAGCUGUGCGAGGGCUUCAGCGAGGUGCUGAAACAGUGCAAGUUUUCUCAUGGAAUUUAAUGUCCAGUGGAAGUGGAAGAUGUGAGGAUCAGUUGGUUAUCGAUCAUGAAACGGAUUGUACACCAUGAAACCAUGUGAUUUUAAUAUAGAUGCAAUGACUGUCCUAGUAAAAUAAAUGUUUGAAUUUGUCAGCAUUUAAAUUA